ACCCGUGACCAGCAACACGGGGCCUGGGCUGGGUCACACCCUGUGCAUCUGUCCAUCCAGCACACUCUGAGGACUUUAUAAGCUGUCUGCACGGCUGGGGACCAUGGGAGGCAGCGCUGGGACCCUGACCCUCACUGCCCUUCUCUACCUUGGGCUGUGUCGGGGCCUAUGGGACCAGGCACGGGCAGGGACCCUCCCCAAACCCUCCAUCUGGGCUGAUCCUGGCCCCAUGGUCACCAAGGGGAGCCCUGUGACCAUCUGGUGUCAGGCGUCUCUGCGGGCUGAUGUCUACUAUCUGUAUAAAGAGAGCAUCUAUGGAUCCUUGUCCAUGAAGACCUCAGAGGAUUCCAGCGAUAGGGUCAGUUUCUCCUUUGCAUCCAUGAGCUCACACAGUUCAGGGCGAUACCAGUGUGCAUAUCAGAGAGGGAAGAGCUGGUCACAGCGGAGUGACCUCCUGGCCCUGGUGGUGACAGGAAUGUAUAAUGCACCCUCCCUCUCAGCCAACCCAGCCCUUGUGGUGGCCUCGGGAGGGAAUGUGUCCCUCUCCUGUAGCUCACUGUGGCCAUUGGGGUCAUUCCACCUGCUGAAGGAGCGGGGAGCUGAUGUGACCCAAUACCUGGAAUUGCCGUUCCGUCGUGAGAAGUACCAGGCAGUCUUCCUUGUGCGCCCUGUGAACACCUCCCAUGGGGGGAUCUACAGAUGCUACACUUCUCACGAAUCGUACCCAUAUUUGUGGUCACAGCCCAGUGACCCUCUGCACCUUCAGGUCACAGGGGUCUACAGGGAGCCCUCCCUCUCAGCCCAGCCGGGAUCCCUGCUGCAGUCUGGAGACAGCCUGACCCUCCAGUGUCGCUCAGAGACUGGCUUUGACAGAUUCGCUCUGACCAAGGAUGAGGAGCUCAGAGCUCCCCAGCGUCUAGAUGGGCAACCCAGCCCCAACUUCACCCUGGGCCCUGUGAGCUCCACGCACGGCGGGGGCCGAUACAGUUGUUACUGUGGACACAAGCUCUCCUCCACGUGGUCGGCACCCAGUGCCCCUCUGGAUGUCCUGAUCACAGGAAUGUAUGAGAAACCGUCCCUCUCAGCCAAGCCGGGGCCUUCAGUGUCCUGGGGUGAGAACGUGACUCUGCAGUGUCGCUCUGAGAUCUGGUUGGAUACCUUCCACCUGUCCAAGGAGGGGUCCCUGGCUCCUCCCCAGGUCCUUCGUCUGCAGGACACAGCGAAACCUUACCAGGUCAAGUUCACCCUGAGUCCUGUGACCUCAGCCCAUGGGGGUACCUACAGGUGCUACGGCUCAUCCAGCGCCUCCCCCUACCUGUUGUCCCAGCCCAGCGACCCCCUGGAGCUGCUGGUCUCAGGUGGUCAGGACAAGCCCUCCCUAUCUGCCUGGCCAAGCCCCAUGGUUCCUCAAGGACAGCAUGUGACUCUUCAGUGUCACUCCCAUCACAAGUUUGACACAUUCAGGCUGUACAAGAACAACGGCAUCUUUGUCUCCAAGCUCCACAGCACAAUAUUGCAGAACAGCUUCCUCAUUGGCCCUGUAACCCCAGCACAUGCGGGGACUUACAGAUGUUGUGGAUCCUAUCUUGGCUCCUCCUCUGUGUGGUCAGCACCCAGCGACCCCCUGGUGAUUGUGGUCACAGGAAUCUACAGAAAACCUUCUCUGUUAGCCCAGCCGGGUCCCCUGGUGAAAUCAGGAAGGAACGUGACCUUGCAUUGUUGCUCUGAGAUCGUGUUUGAAAGCUUCAUUCUUCACAGAGAGGGGGUAUCCAAGGACACCUUGUACCUUGCUGGUCAGCGCCAUCAUGGGGGCUCCCAUGCUAACUUCUCCAUGGGUCCUGUGACAGCUGCCCAUGCGGGGACCUACAGGUGCUUCGGCUCUCUCAAUCGCUCCUCCCAUGAGUGGUCUGCCCCCAGUGGGCCCCUGGACAUCAUGAUCACAGGUCUACACCAGAAACCUUCUCUCUGGGCCCAGCCAGGCACCGUGGUGAGGUCAGGAGAGAACGUGACCUUGUCCUGCUGCUCGGAGAUUUCCUUUGAUGUGUACCAUCUAUCCAGGGAUGGGCAGCCCCAUGAGCUCUGGCUCGCUAAGGGGCAGAGGCAUGGCGGUGCAUCCCAGGCUGACUUCACUCUGGGCCCUGCACACCCAGCCCUGGGUGGGACCUACAGAUGCUAUGGCUCUUUCAACCCCUCUCUCUGUGAGUGGUCAGGCCCGAGUGACCCACUGUACCUUUCUGUCACAGGAAACUCUUCAAAUAGUUGCCUCCUAUCCACAAAACCAACCCCCAAAACUGGUAACCCCAGACACCUGCAUGUUCUGGCUGGGCCCUUAGUGGCCAUCAUCUUCCUCGCGGUUCUUCUUUUCUUCCUCACUCGUCAGUGGUGCCGUGCCAAAGAGAAUGCUGCUAUAAUGAACAGAGAGCCUGAGGUGGACAGAAUGGUGAGCAGGGAGGACCCUCAAGCAGAAGACCCACAGGAGGUGAUAUACACACAGUUGGAUCAUUGCAUUUUUAUGCAGAAAAAAACCACUCCCACUUCCCGGAGGCCCGAGGAACCCUUGCAUGAUGACAGUGUGUACAUGGAAUUCGCAACACGCUGA